UUUCACCAGGAUGAUAUCACGAGCCCUCUUGGUGCUCAAAUUUUCGAUUUUUGUGAUCCGCAACUGUUUCAAGAAACCUUCAAUCAGUCCACUGAAGUCACCUCUGCCUCAAACAUUCUUGACAAAUCUGGGAGCUUCCAUGACAACCACAGUGGUAAUUCAAAUACCAACACAAUCACAACCACAACAACCGAGAACAGUAACACCUACACAAACAACAAAUUUCAAGAUGAUGAAGACGACAAUAUUAAUGCAGAUAUGUCCACAAUUUUCGAUUCACAUGAAGAUUUUGAAAACGACAUAGUCGCUUCAAUCGAUUUCUCAUCAUCCUCUAUGCAAUAUCCAGCUCUAGAUCAUCUCCUUACAACAACAAAUGAAGAUCAGUUUGAUUUCGCACCAGGAGUUCAAGCUGUUCAUCAGCUUCCUAACAUAUCAUACUCUGGAGACACUCUGACUCUACCACAUGUUUCCUCUUUAGCUCCUCCUCCUUUACCAUUAGAGAUUUUCGAAGAAGAUUGCCUUUCUUCUGUCCCAAGUUACAGUAUUGGCUUAAACCCUACUUCCCCUUUCUUCCGUGCAUCCGGUUUACCAACACAUACGGUGAAUAUGAACACCGGUUUAUUAUCUUCUGAAAGUAAUUCCGGUUUAUAUCCUGGUCAUGUUCAUAUGGGACCAGAAUUCAACAAACCACGUGAUCACUUGAUGGAUUUUCAAGCGGACAAUGGUGGAUUUUUCUGGUUUAAUCCAGAUGAUCUCCAGGUAAAAUUGAAAAUUAAUUUGGAUAUUCUGUCACAUUUAACUGGUUCACGUUUAUUAAAAAACGUGUGACUUGGUAAAUGCCUACCAAAUGCUAACCAAUUUAUCAAAUAAACCGGUCUAGUGCAGCUAAAUUCCGGGUUUUUUACUUGGUUAUCUCCAGUCCAAAACUUUUUGUGUUUGGUUAUAAAGAAACAUGACCGGUUCAAUAUUGCUAACCGGGUAAUUGUUUGUUGAGAAGGCACUUAAUAGCAUCGAGAACCAGAGCCACUUAGUGGUACUUCAGACGCAUCCACCAUUAGGACCGGUCGAGGUAACCGGUUUAGAAGACUCUACGUUAAAUAAAGUAGUGAAACUCUCCUCCGAACAAAGGAAAGAGAAGAUUCAUAGGUACAUGAAGAAGAGGAACGAAAGGAACUUUAGCAAGAAAAUCAAGGUUCUGUUUUUGCUUAUCAAACCGGAAUAAACUUUUGGUUAUUGUUAUUCCAUUUAUAUAUUUUUUUGUUAUAGUAUGCGUGUAAGAAAGCAUUGGCAGAUAGUCGUCCAAGAGUUAGAGGAAGAUUUGCAAAGAAUGAUGAAUUUGGUGAACUACAUAAACAUGGUUCUUCAAGCCAUCAUUAUGAGGAAGACGAGGACGGUGUAAGAACCCGGGUUUAUAUAAAUUUUUGUUUAAUUGGAGUGUGGAUCUGAACUAAACCAUUUCUAUUUACAGGUGAGGGUGAAGGAUGAGGAACAAUUAGUAGAUUCUUCAGACAUUUUUGCACACAUUAGUGGACCCAAUUCCUUCAAGUGCAACUACCCAAUUCAAUAUUGGACUUGAUUUCAAGUCCUACAUCUUAAUUAAAGACUCAUGUUUAUAACAUGAUUCUUAUAGUCUUAUAUAUAAGUUAAAUAGUACUUCUAUAGAGCAAUUACUUGUUACUUAAUUAGUAUAUUUUAUCUUUGUAACAAAACAAACGAAUAACUAAAAAGAAGAAGGGUAUAAAGGACGCUUAGGCAGGUUUGGAUGAAAUAAAACAAUAGUGAAGAAGAAAGUUUACUACAUUACAUAUAUGAGAUGUCUUGUAUUUUGAAUAGUUAAGUUGUAUUCUUUUCACCUGAAGACUAUAUAUAUGUGUAAAACAUUUGAAUGUUAAUCAUGCAUCUAAUAAUACCCGGUAUGGAGGAUUGGGCCAACAAAGGUUUAUAGAUGGAUUAUUUGAUAAGGGCUUCUCUCUUCUAUAUACAAAGGUAAAUAUAGUAGUAACUGUGUAGUAAAACAGUUUCUUAUAUUUUCUUGAUUGUUUUCUUUUGAUCCGUUGCUGAAAAUUGAAAACCAUGUGUGAAAAACUGAAAACUGUUAUAAAUCAAUUGGUGUAUGUGCAUAACCGACCCGGUCCAUAACCGGCCCAUAUACUUAGAGAGAGACGGUCCAACCCUAGAGAGAGAGG